GAGUCUCUGUUUCCUUCCGCUGGAUGUCUUUGUCCGCUCAGACAGAGAGGAGGAACAUGUCCGCCAUGCAGCUGCUGCGGGUGUUGGUACAUGAGCGGAUCAACGCUGCCGCUGAAGACUUCCUGCUGCAGGUGGAGGAAGGAGGAGGAAAGGCUCGAGUCCCGGAGCUGAGAGCGAUGCUCACCGAGCGGCUCGCGGCUGCGGGGGAGCAGAUCCUCGCGGGGCUGGAGGAAACCUUGUUAGAGUCCGAGGAGCGAGUGGAGCGGACAGAGCGGUCCCAGCGGGAGGUCUGCCGCCAGAGGAGGCUGCUCGAUGCCGCGAUGCAGCCCGUAGUCCGGCUGCACAGAGCAGUGUGUCAUGCAGACGUCCAGCUACUGAUGGUGAAUAAAGAAGAGGUUCCCCCUGAGCAGCAGCUGUGGAGCCCCCUUGUGGACCAGGAGGACCCAGAGCCCCCCCACAUUAAAGAAGAGCAGGAGGAACCAUGGACCACUCAGGAUGGACAGCAGCUUAUAGGACUGGAGGAGGCUGAUAUCAAGUUCACAUUGACUCCUGUCGCUGUGAAGAGUGAAGAAGAUGAAGAGAAACUUAAAUCGUCAAAGCUUCAUCCGAGUGAGAGGACGGAGAACAGAGCGGACUGUGGAGGACCAGAGCCAGCCAGGAACUUAAGUCCUGAUGGACGUUUACAACCAGGUCCUGAGGACAAGGCUGAAGACUCUUCUGAGACUGAAGUCAGUGAGGAUGAUUGGAUGGAGACCAGGGAACCUCAGACUGGUUUAAAUACAAGAAAUAACACAAAGCCUUUAAGUGAUAUGGGAUGUAAGACAGAAAAAAAAACAUUUAGUUGCUCUGAGUGUGGUAAAAGAUUUAGCCAUAGUUGCCAUCUAAAUAGACAUAAGAGGAGUCAUACAGGAGAGAAACCGUUUAGUUGCUCGGAGUGUGGUAAAAGAUUUAGUGAAAGGGGCAAUCUAAAUACACAUAUGAGGAGUCAUACAGGAGAGAAACCGUUUAGUUGCUCUGAGUGUGGUAAAAGAUUUAAAUUAAGUUGCAAUCUAAAUAAACAUAUGAGGAUUCAUACAGGAGAGAAACCGUUUAGUUGCUCUGAGUGCAGUAGAAGAUUUAACCUAAGGGGCCAUCUAAAUGCACAUAUGAGGACUCAUACAGGAGAGAAACCGUUUAGUUGCUCGGAGUGUGGUAAAAGAUUUAGUGAAAGGGGCAAUCUAAAUACACAUAUGAGGAGUCAUACAGGAGAGAAACCGUUUAGUUGCUCUAAGUGUGGUAAAAGAUUUUGCCAUAGUUGCCAUCUAGAAACACAUAUGAGGAUUCAUACAGGAGAGAAACCGUAUAGUUGCUCUGAGUGCAGUAGAAGAUUUAAUAGAAGAGGCAGUCUAAAUAUACAUAUGAGGAUUCAUACAGGAGAGAAACCGUUUAGUUGCUCUGAGUGUGGUAAAAGAUUUAGCCACAGUUGCGUUCUAAAUAGACAUAAGAAGAGUCAUACAGGAGAGAAACCGGUUAGUUGAUCUGAGUGUGGUAAAAGAUUUAAGAUUCAGUCCUACUGUACGAGACUUGUGAGGAUUCAUAAAGGAGAGAAGUGAUUCAGUUGCAAACUUUGCAACAAAAGUUUAAUUAGGAUUUAUCAGCAGAAAUUCAUUUUAAACAUAUUCUUAGUUCACUGUUUUAAAUAGAAUAUUAACAGUUUUUGUGUCCGUAGAAAAUAUAAUUCAUUGAACAACACGAAAGAUUUUUGUUUAUACAUCUUUUUUUCUACUGAUUUCUACAUAAAUUAUCUUUUUUAAUAAUGUCCAUGUCAUUUUAAGGUUAAAGUGGGUUCCUUGCACAGAAUAAAUGUGUGUUCUUAACAAGUUCAUAUGAUUAAAUAUGUUUGUUUUAGUGAUGGUGAGAUGAAGCUUUGAAUCUUUCCAUCCAAUAGGUUCGCUCAUGGGCUGAAGCUUCAUGGUGCUUCAUUUGCUCUACUUCGCCAUCAAGUGGACAUUGAAUGUAAUGAAGAUCGGUAUAUCAGGGUUCUCGUCGGGGCUCUCGGGGGCACCGUUGAGCCAUUUUGCCACGCCCCUUGAAAAAUCCUCCAGAAUACGUAUAUUUUAACCACUUUCUAAUUUCUGAAAAUUUUGUUAAGAAUUUGAGCAUGUUAAAGCCCUAAAAAAGCCAAUUCAUUUAACUGAAUAACAAUCAUAAUAAUAAUUCUUACAAUUUCAAUAGCGCCUCACUGUCUGUCAGUGCUUGGGCCCUCAUUAAAAUGACACUAUGGCUUUGGUGUGUGAAGCUUUGAAUUGAAUAAAUGAAUGCAUGAGGUUUGUGAUGCCAAUGAAUAAAUGAUGACCUUAUUAAUAUGGUGCCUGUCUUUUUGAUACAAUGGUGGGGUCAAAAUCGAAAGUGGUUUUGAUGUGAAUAUGCUUGUGUUACUUGGUUUGUGACUGUGCUUAUCUGUGUGGGGACAAAAUGUAACACGUACAAUAGUGAUUACUUUUUAUUUAUUUUGAUUUAUAAACCACUGCUUUUCAACAGUGCUGAGUUUCAGGUGGUUUCUUUUUUUGGAAAUAAGGUCGCCUGCUGUUAUGCACAGCUUCAAGAAGAGUAAAGCUCAGCACAGUGUUCCUUUUCCAGUUCCUUUGUUGAUGAAAUAAUUUGUUCCCUUCAUUUGUAGUUGUGUAACAGAGAUAAGAAUGUACUGUAUUUAUACAGAGAUGUAUUUUAUUUAAUGCGGUCGCCAUUUUGUUUUCGCGCCAAUUAGUUUGGCAGCUUUUAAUGUAAUUUGAUUCUAUUUUGUAGACUUUUGUAUGGAGCAAAAAGGUUUCUGUUGGUUUCCGCUGGUAUGUGGGUUUCCUUUUUGAUUAAAUAACUGUUUGCCCAACAAUUUGUUACUGGUGUGUGUAGUUUUAUGUAAUAGAUAAGGUUGUGUAUAGUGUGUUUUAUAUACUAAGAGAAAAGUAUGAGUGCAAUUUUGUUACACUGAGGACUUUUGUAUGGAGCAAAAAGGUUUCUGUUGGUUUCUGCAGGUGUCUGCAGCAAAAUAAAGAACCCAAAACCAA